CAUAUCUGGACCCAAUCUUCCUGGCUGCACAGUCUUCCGCCACAUUAGGAGGAUUAUUUUUACUUCUAUGUAGCAAUUGAAGAUUGAUUUUAAGACCCCAUGAUCCCCAGGACUCAGCGAAGUUCCUGCCCAGAGAAAGCCGAUUGUGCGGAGUCAGGCAUCUGAUGUGACUUCAUUUGAGGACUGAAUUACAUUCUCCCAGGAGCACGAAGCUUUGUCAUGGAGCUAAGGCCUACUGUGCUGUUUCUGGUUUGGACUUACCUGUCAACACUGUUCACAGAGUUGACUGGACACAAAGUGUAUACAAAUACCUGGGCAGUCCGGAUACCGGGGGGUCCGGCAGUGGCUGACGAAUUAUGUGAGAAACAUGGCUUCAUUAACCAUGGGGAGAUUUUUGGAGACUAUUAUCAUUUUCAACAUCGGGCUGUGGUGAAAAGAUCUCUGAUACCUCAUCGAUCUAGACACUUUCUGCUGAGCAGAGAACCUCAGGUACACUGGGCAGAACAACAGGUGGCAAAGAAAAGAAGAAAAAGAGAUAUUAUUACAGAACCAACGGAUCCCAAAUUCACAUCACAGUGGUAUCUGUAUGAUGCAAGCCGUCAUGACUUACAUGUAAAAGAAGCCUGGGAGCAGGGAUACACUGGCCAAGGCAUUGUGGUUUCAAUCCUGGAUGACGGAAUUGAGAAAAAUCACCCUGAUUUACAAGGAAAUUACGAUCCUGCUGCCAGUUAUGAUGUCAAUGACCAAGAUCCAGAUCCACAGCCCCGAUACACUCAGUUGAAUGAUAACAGGCAUGGUACGCGGUGUGCGGGUGAGGUGGCAGCAGUGGCAAAUAAUGGAAUUUGCGGUGUUGGAAUAGCUUUUAAUGCCAAGAUUGGUGGUGUUCGAAUGCUGGACGGGGAAGUAACUGAUGCUGUAGAAGCAAGAUCACUAGGUCUCAAUCCCAACCACAUCCAUAUCUACAGUGCCAGCUGGGGUCCGGAGGAUGAUGGCAAGACAGUUGAUGGUCCAGCCCAUCUAGCAGAAGAGGCUUUCUUCAGAGGCGUCAACCAGGGUCGUAAUGGUCUUGGCUCUAUAUACGUUUGGGCCUCUGGUAAUGGCGGGAGAGAACAUGACAGCUGCAACUGUGAUGGGUACACAAACAGCAUCUACACAUUGUCCAUCAGCAGCACCACUCAGUAUGGCAAUGUACCAUGGUACAGCGAGGCCUGUUCUUCCACACUGGCUACAACGUACAGCAGUGGAAAUCAGAAUGAAAAACAGAUUGUGACAACAGAUCUAAGACAGAAGUGUACAGACACUCACACAGGAACAUCAGCAUCUGCUCCACUGGCUGCUGGAAUUAUUGCUCUGGCUUUGGAAGCAAAUAAUAAUCUCACCUGGAGGGAUAUGCAGCAUCUAGUUGUGCGAACAUCAAACCCAGCUCAUCUUAACACAAAUGAUUGGAGCACAAAUGGAGUUGGGCGCAAAGUCAGCCAUUCGUAUGGAUAUGGACUCCUGGAUGCUGGGGCCAUGGUCGCUCUUGCCAAAAACUGGACCACUGUGGGACCUCAGAGGAAAUGUGUCAUCAACAUUCUCACUGAGGCAAAGGACAUAGGGAAGCGCUUGGAAGUCAGAAGGAAAGUGGAGCCAUGCACUGGAAUGUCCAAUUACAUCAGCACCCUGGAGCAUGUCCAAGCCAGGCUAACCUUGUCCUACAACCGCAGGGGAGAUCUUGCCAUUUAUCUGACAAGUCCUAUGGGUACUCGUUCUUGUCUGCUGGCACCUAGGCUUCAUGAUUACUCUGCAGAUGGCUUCAAUGACUGGGCUUUUAUGACCACGCAUUCAUGGGAUGAGGAUCCAGCAGGAGAGUGGGUGCUGGAGAUUGAAAACACCAGCGGUAACAAUAACUAUGGAACACUAACCCAGUUUGUCCUGGUGUUGUAUGGCACUGCAUCGGAUCCUCCAAUCCUGCUCAACCAAGUUGAUGGUGGAGGAUGCAGGACUGUUGCCUCUAGCCAGUCCUGUGUUGUUUGUGAAGAAGGCUUUUUCCUCCAUCAGAAGACUUGUGUAAAGAACUGUCCUCCAGGAUUCACAGCCAGUGUCCAGAGUAUCCAGUACACACUGGAGAACAACAUAGCACCUCUCCUGGCCAAUGUGUGUGUGCCCUGCCAUCCUUCAUGUUCUACCUGCAAAGGAACCACUCCAACUGACUGCCUCAGCUGCCCAGCUCACUCACACUACAAUGUGCUGGACUUUUCCUGUUCCCAUCAAGUUCAGAUAAGCAGGGCAUCUCCAUCACUAAAAGAGGCUGUGCAAGAAACAUCGAAGGGUUACUCAAGCUUACCAGUCGUCGUGGCCUCCCUUAGCUGCAUCACGAUAGUCAUUGUCUUUGUGAGUGUCUUCUUAUUCCUCCAGGUACGUUCCGGGGUUAUCCUGGGCAAGAAGAAGUUGUACAUGUUGGACAGUGGAAUCAUCUCUUAUAAAGGAAUCCCAUCACAAAUGUGGCAGGAAGAAGGAUUAUCAGAGUCUGAGACAGAGGAGUUUUGCACUUACAAUGAAAGAACUGCUUUUAUAAAGCAACAGAGUGCCCUUUGAUGACAAUUCUGACACCACCUACGCAAAACGCCAUGCCAUCAUACAGACUCCAUUUAGGUUUCCUUUCAACACUGGAUGAGUCCAAAUGGAUACCGACCUUUUCAUCAGCAUCAUGAUUCCAUCCAGUGCUAUGGAUAAUGUCC